CCCCGAGCGGCAGCCAUCACCGACUCAUUCAAACCCGAGAACCUUACAGUGAUAGUCUAGUAUUACUCCACCAUGAGAGAAAUUGUGCACAUUCAAGCCGGGCAGUGCGGCAACCAGAUCGGAGCCAAAUUUUGGGAAAUCAUUAGUGAUGAGCACGGCAUCGACCCUACAGGCACGUACCGGGGCGACCACGACCUGCAGCUCGAACGCAUCAACGUUUACUACAAUGAAGCCACGGGUGGCAAAUAUGUUCCUCGGGCUAUCCUCGUGGACUUGGAACCCGGCACAAUGGAUUCUGUCCGAUCCGGACCCUUUGGACAACUCUUCCGACCAGACAACUUUGUAUUUGGUCAGAGUGGUGCCGGUAACAACUGGGCCAAGGGACACUACACAGAAGGUGCUGAACUGGUUGACUCAGUCCUUGAUGUAGUACGGAAAGAGUCUGAAGGCUGUGACUGUCUACAGGGCUUCCAGCUUACACAUUCUCUUGGUGGUGGCACUGGUUCAGGAAUGGGCACCCUUCUUAUCUCAAAAAUUCGUGAAGAAUACCCUGAUCGUAUUAUGAACACAUUCUCUGUUGUGCCUAGUCCAAAAGUAUCUGACACUGUGGUUGAGCCUUACAAUGCUACCUUAUCAGUUCAUCAGCUUGUAGAAAACACAGAUGAAACCUACUGUAUUGAUAAUGAAGCCCUUUAUGAUAUUUGCUUUAGGACUCUGAAACUGUCCACUCCAACCUACGGUGACCUUAAUCAUCUGGUAUCCCUAACUAUGUCUGGUGUUACUACUUGUCUACGAUUCCCUGGCCAGCUGAAUGCAGAUCUCCGAAAGUUAGCAGUGAACAUGGUUCCCUUCCCUCGACUCCACUUCUUCAUGCCUGGAUUUGCCCCACUCACCUCCCGUGGCUCCCAGAUGUAUCGUGCUCUUACUGUACCUGAGCUGACCCAGCAGAUGUUUGAUGCCAAGAACAUGAUGGCUGCCUGUGACCCCCGCCAUGGUCGUUACCUCACGGUUGCUGCUGUGUUCCGUGGUCGUAUGUCCAUGAAGGAAGUGGACGAACAGAUGCUUAAUAUUCAAAAUAAGAAUUCUUCAUACUUCGUUGAAUGGAUUCCUAACAAUGUGAAGACUGCUGUUUGUGACAUCCCUCCAAGAGGAAUCAAAAUGGCCUCCACUUUCAUUGGCAACUCUACUGCCAUUCAAGAACUCUUCCGUCGCAUCUCUGAACAGUUCACAGCUAUGUUCAGGCGAAAGGCUUUCCUUCACUGGUACACUGGCGAGGGCAUGGACGAGAUGGAGUUCACAGAGGCAGAAUCAAAUAUGAAUGAUCUUGUUUCUGAGUAUCAACAGUAUCAAGAUGCUACAGCUGAAGAGGAAUAUGAAGAUGAAGAAGAGCAUGCUGAGGAAGCCUAAAUCUCUGAGGUUAACAGUAUGAGGCUUUAACCUUAAUGUUGCCAUGCUCGUAAUUAGGAUUAUGUUGAUACUAUCUAUGUAGUUUCAGCUUGCCUAAGAUAUCAACAAAAACACAAAUGAUCUCAUAAGCCAUGGAGACAUGUCUUUACAUGCCUCUAGGUUGCUACUUCUCGCUUUUUUCAUAAUCUUUUAUCUCAUGGUUUAUGCCAUUGUGUUUCAGACUACAGUAUUUAAGUUUCACAGUGAAUGAAAAGAAUUUACUGUGAAUGUUAGUAAUGUAAUGUAUCUGAAUUAGUGUAUACUUUGAGAGGAGCUAAGUGGAAGAUCAUUCCAUGACACAACGUGCUAAUACACUGCCAAUUGACAAGUGACUAAUGGUGUCUUUCACUUGCUUCACUCACAGACUAACUUGGUUAAGAACAAAGUCAUUUCAUAUACUCCUCUAUACUGUGCCAUUAUCUUGGUUUGGCUGUGUCCCUUUCGAGUCUUUGUUCUAAACCCAGUCGCAAAGAAAUGUUAAGCAAAGUGUAAGGAUCUUGACUAGUAUGGGGUUUACACUUCCAUCAGUUUAUUAAAUGUGGGUCAUUGUCAGUUUCAAGAGUGGUGUCUUGAUACUGGUGAUUAACCUUGCUACCUCUACAUGCCAUCAUUAAAGUAAAGCUUGAAGUAUUUUUCUGGUUUUAUCAAGCACUGUUAAACUUCAAUAGCAACAUAUAGAGGUAAGCAUCACCUUAAUACUGAGAGUAAAAAGCCUCUUGUAAGAUACACAUCGCUAUUGGUUGAUGUUCUAUGUAGCCCAAACAUUUUAUUCUUUACUGGUUGAAUUUUAAUUGUACAGUAUAUUAUUUUAUAGCACCAAAGUAAUUGAUUUCUGCACUCAUUACCCCUACUAGCCAUCUUCCAGUCAGGAUUACAUGCCAGUAAUUGUUUCUCGUCUCCCAAAUCAUUUACAUUGAUUUAUAUUGUACUGUCAUUUUAUUUCAUAGCAUAAGUAGAAAGAUAUUAAUUUUUUAUUUCACCACUGCAGUUUUGUCUUUAAUAAAGAUAUUUGUACGGUG